CGCCUUAGAUAAAAAGUCUUUUCCAACUUGGGAAAAUCUGAAAUCUGGUAGUCCAUUUAGAGUCAUCUUCGAUAUGGAACGUGAUAUCACAGGAAUAGUCGCCUCCGAUGACAUCGUUCAAGUGUUUUUAAAACAUAAAAGGUGGUACACCCAAAGGGAUGAGAAUGUAUUACAUUUGUAUGAUGGCUUUGAUAACGGAAAGAGUACGUCUGACCUAACAUUGAAAAGGAUAUCUGUAAAUGGGCUGCUGAUGACUUAUAACGAGAACAACGGAAUGUUUAUGAUAACGAACAACGACUUUACUGUAAUGAAGGCAGAUAGCAUUACUAUUUCGGAUAAAUUAGUUGGAAGACUCAUAGCACGAGUUGAGUUACUGUCGAAGUCAACAAAAGACAAGUCUAACAAAGACAUUACAUCCUCAAAAGUGGCACUACCCUGUGAAGUUACAUGGUCAAACGUUCACAGCCUUAACCCGACAGAAGAAGGGAGUUGUGUCAAGUUUACUGGCGCAUCAGCUGGUGACAUUUUUGUUGUGUUCGCCUUAAUUC